UGCUCCGCCCGCCCCGGACGUUCAGGUCGCAGGGACCGGAGCAGCCCACACCUGGGCGCCGCGUGGGGACAUCUGCAGCGGGCGCUGCGCGGAGGACCUGGGAGGCUGUGCUGCACCAGGCUGUGGAGUUUCUGGGUUCUUCUGAUAUUUUUCUAGUCCUGAACACCUGAAGAAAGAGCUUGGUGCCUGACUCCAGGAGACAUGAACUACGCACGGUUCCUUACUGCGACCAGCGCAGCCAGAAAGGCUUCUCCCAUCCGCACCAUGGCUGACGUCCUGAACGUGUCGCCAAAAUCCCUCAUCUCCUUGGCUCCUGGGUUUCCAAAUCCAGAUACCUUCCCCUUUAAGAAUGCUACUAUCACUUUGGGAGAUGGAAAUACCAUCCAGAUCGCAGGAGAGGUCAUGCAUACUGCGCUUCAGUAUUCUGCAACUUACGGAAUUCCAGAGCUUGUGUCCUGGCUCAAACGGUUCCAAAUAAAAUUGCACAAUCCUCCCACCACACAUUACGCACCUCCUCAAGGACAGCUGGAUCUCUGUAUCACAUCGGGCUGCCAAGAUGGUCUUUGUAAGGCAUUUGAAAUGAUAAUUAAUCCUGGAGAUAACAUCCUCCUAAAUGAACCAGUUUAUUCGGGAACACUUCAAGCUCUGCACCCUCUGGGCUGCAACAUUAUUAAUGUUCCCAGCGAUGAGUUUGGGAUCAUCCCAGAUGCCCUCAAAGAAAUCCUUUCCAAAUGGAAACCAGAAGAUUCCAAGGACCCUUCCAAAAACACACCCAAAUUUCUCUAUACUGUCCCCAACGGCAACAAUCCCACUGGCCACUCACUGACUGGUGACCGCAAGAAGGAGAUCUAUAAGCUUGCAAGCAAAUAUGAUUUCCUCAUAAUAGAAGAUGACCCUUACUACUUUCUCCAAUUCAACAAGCCCAGGGCACCAACAUUUCUCUCCAUGGAUGUGGAUGGCCGCGUCGUCAGAGCUGAUUCCUUUUCAAAGGUCCUCUCCUCAGGGUUGAGAGUAGGGUUUAUAACUGGCCCAAAACCAUUAAUAGAGAGAAUUGUUUUACACACACAAGUUUCAUCAAUGCAUGCCUGCGCUUUUGCACAGGUUAUGAUACUACAGCUGCUGAAGCAGUGGGGAGAAGAAGGGUUCCUGGCUCACGUGGACAGGGUUGUUGAUUUCUACAGGAGCCAGAGGGACGCUAUCUUAGCAGCUGCAGAGAAGUGGUUAAGUGGUUUAGCAGAAUGGCAUGUACCUGUUGCUGGCAUGUUUGUAUGGAUUAAAAUUAAGGGCAUUUCCAAUUCACGACAACUGAUUGAAGAGGAAGCCCUUAAGAAAGAGGUUUUACUGGUUCCUGGGAGUGCUUUCUAUACCGAUAGCUCAGCUCCGAGCCCUUACUUCAGAGCAUGCUUCUCCUUGGCUUCUGCAAAAGACAUGGACGUGGCCUUCCAGAGAUUAGCCCAAGUUAUAAAAGAAUCUUUAUGAAGAAACCCAACUAAGCACAGUGCUCGUGGAUAUUUCAGAUUAAUUAUUUCCACAUCUUCUCUGUAGGAAGCAAUGCCUGAUGUUGGCCUUCUUAAGUGACAUCAAACAUGUCCUCUGUAAUAGUUUCACUAGACAACUUUUGAAAUGCCUUAAAAUCUAUCAGAUUGCAAAAAUGUAUUUGUAAGCCUCUUAGACUUUUCCAUUUUUAAUCUGCAAAAAAAAAAAUAUUUUCAUCUUAGGUUUUACUGUAAAUUAUUCUGUAGUUGCCUUAGAAGGUCUUCUAAAUGUUCAGUGAAACUAAUACUUUACACUAUAUUAUUUUAAGAAAUAAUUAAAUUCAAAAUGGUAUAUAAUGUGUACUUUUUCUGUUGCUAGGAAAACUUUAUUGCAGCUUAUUAUAAAAUUAAUUGUUACAAUUUGGCCAGGAUAAAUGACUUUUUAGUAAAAGUACUGGAAAUGUUAUGUUAAGGUAUAGAAACCUGUUUCAAAUAAAAUUUCUGAAGCUAAACAUA